AAAACAAAACCUUAAAAUUCUCUCUUUUCCCUUUAGACCUGAUGGAGCCAAAACAAGUAAUCACGAAUGCAAGAGAACAAACUGAUCAAGUUCUGAAAGUGGUAAAGGAGGAAAUUUCACAAAUCAAUGAAAUGGAGGAGAAACCUCAUCAUUUGAUACCCAAGGAAGAAUCUCUGAGCUGCUUGAUUGCUGGGAGGAAUUUUUCACCUAAAAGGAACAACAAGCAAACGGUAACAGCCAAUGAUGCUCUUACUUGCCCUCAGUGUGGAAAGACCUUCACAUAUAAAUAUAAACUUAAUGAGCACAUGAGAGUCCACACUGGAGAAAAACCUUACAGAUGUGAUCAGUGUGGAAGAAGUUUCAUGAAUAAAUGUCACCUUAAUGACCACACGAGAACCCACACUGGAGAAAAGCCCUACAGAUGUGAUCAAUGUGAAAAAACCUUCACUCGCAAGUUUUGCCUUAAUAAGCACAUGAAAAUUCACACUGGGGAAAAACCUUACAGAUGUGAUCAAUGUGAAAAGAGCUUCAAGAAUAAAUGGAACCUUUAUGUUCACAUGAGAAUCCACACUGGAGAUAAACCCUACAGAUGUGAUCAAUGUGGAAAGACCUUCAAGAAUAAAUGCUCCCUUAAUGUUCACUUGAAAAUUCACACUGGAGAAAAACCUUUUAGAUGUGACCAAUGUGGAAGAACCUUCACUCGCAAACCUGACCUUAAUAAGCACAUGACAAUUCACACUGGACAAAAGCCUUACAGAUGUGAUCAUUGUGGAAAGAGCUUCAUUGGUAAGUUUGAACUCAACGUGCACGUGAGAAUUCACACUGGAGAAAAACCUUACAGAUGUGAUCUGUGUGGAAGAAACUUUACCCGCAAGCCUGACCUUAAUAAGCACAUGACGAUUCACACUGGAGAUAAACCGUACAGCUGUGAUCAGUGUGAAAAGACCUUUACUAGUAAAUGCAGCCUUAAUGUUCAUAUGAGAAUUCACACUGGCGAUAAACCUUACAUAUGUGGUCAGUGUGGAAAGACCUUAACUAGUAAAUGCAGCCUUAAUGUUCACAUAAAAAUUCACACUGGAGAAAAACCUUACAGAUGUGAUCAGUGUGGAAAGAGCUUCAUUGCUAAGUGCAAACUCAACAGACACAUGAGAAUUCACACUAAAUAAAGGCAUUAAAAGUCCCUACUAUGCCUAUUUUACAUUUGAUGAGCCACCUCCGUCGAAAAUGACUAAAUGAUAUUAAAGGUGCUCUAAGCGAAUUGACGCGUUUUAGACCAUAAAACAUUUUUUGUUACAUACAGCAAACAUCUCCUCACUAUCUGCUUGCUUCCUGUCCGCUGAUCAAACUGUAAAAAAAAGCGAUCUCUGUAGACAGCCCAGGCUUCACAAACGGCAAUAACAACACAGUGGCCAAACCUACAAACAGAAACCAUAACAAAGUAUUCCAGCCAAUAAACAACAAGAAGGAUUUGGGGGUGGGGGUUGGGCGCAUUCAUGAAAGCACGGAAAGGAGGGGGAGGAGGAGGAGUUAACUAUGCUCCGUCUGUUUGAAAACAAUUCAAACGUCAACAAAAACUAACGUCUCGCAGAUUCGCUUAGAACUGAAUGCUCUUGGCACGUAUUAUAUGUUAAUCAAAUACUUGUAUUUGAAAUUGGCUUACACCCAUCCUCAGACCAUUCAGAAAUACAAGCUGUUGGCACAAUCCAUUAAAAGAGUUGCCAUCUUUAACAGAAAUCACUUUAUUUAGAUUACAGCGAACAUUUAAAGGUGACAUAGAAUGAUUGAACGGGGUAUUUAUCCUUGUUCUGUGAUGUGACAUGAAGACAAAAAAAUUUUUGUUUGGGUCUGUAAUGCCUUAGAAGCUUCCUAAAAACCUCUCUCAGAGAGCUCUAUUACGGUGGGGGAUUUUAAACAAGCGGUUUUGCACCUAUUUGGCUCCCCCUACUGGCUUAACUUGCAAUCUCAUUACUGAUUGGCUGACUUUGCUGCCACUCAAAAAAUGUAGCCAAUUAUUUUAAAGUGGAGGGGCAGUUAGAUGCCUGUGAUGUCAUAAGCAUCAGUUUUUCAGAUUGGGCCAUUUUCUGGCUGACAUUUCUAAAAGAGGAAUUUCUAUGAGACUAUGAGACUCUAGAACUUUUUUUAUGUUUGUGAAUGCUGGUAGACUACCAUUAUUCAACAAAGACAAGGUAAAAAUGGUUUUUCAUUCUCUGUCCCCUUUAAAGGAAUAGUCUACUCAUUUUCAAUAUUAAACUAUGUUAUUACCUUAACUAAGAAGAGUUUAUACAUCCCUCUAUCAUCUGUGUGCGUGCACGUAAGCGCUGGAGCGCGCUGCGACACUUCGAUAGCAUUUAGCUUAGCCCCAUUCAUUCAAUGGUACCAAUCAGAGAUAAAGUUAGAAGUGACCAAACACAUCAACGUUUUUCCUAUUUAAGACAAGUAGUUAUACGAGCAAGUUUGGUGGUACAAAAUAAAAUGUAGCGCUUUUCUAAGCGGAUUUAAAAGAGGAACUAUAUUUUAUGGCGUAAUAGCACUUUUGGGAGUACUUCGACUCGGCGCAGUAACAGUUUUAUGCAUUUCAUUACAGUAAAGGGUAAAAAAAUUGCCAAAAAUUAAAACGGAAUUUGCAAAAAUUGAACUAAAUUGAACUAAAAUUUCAAAACCAUAAUGCCAUUUUUCAAGAAGCACAAUCAUUUCGCUGAACCAUAAACCCUACUCCCCUGCUUUAACACAUGAGUCAGAUUUGGUUAACUGUUACUUCAAAACUCUACACACAAAUCCCUACACUUUUCAAUGUUUACACCAUGUGGUCAUAUGGAAAGCCCUAGCAUUCAAUACUGUUCACUCAAGUCAGCACAGCUUAGGCUCAAUUAGCAAACAAUUACCAAGGUGGAAACACUAAGAGUCAAAAUUGAACACACAUUAAUCAGAUCCUUCAAACGAUAGAUAAAAGGGCCCGAAUCAGUUCACUGAGCUUUGGAACAAUGGAUCAACAGAGAAAUGAAGGAAUAGGUCGAGGAGAAGGAGGAGGAAGAGGGAGAGGAGGAGGGAAAGAACGAGGAUGUGGUGAAGGAGGAGGAAGAGGAGGAGGACGUGGUGAAAGAUGAGGAGGAAGACGAAGGGCAAGGUAACAAACAGUCUCUCUCUGAUGAAAUUCGAGCCACUCUAGCUGACCAUGUCCUUGUCCAUGGUAUGACUAUGAGGGAGGCUGAGCAACGAGUAAAGCCUAAUUUGAGUCACUUCACCGUUGCCUCCAUCUUCAGAGCCUUCAGGGAGGGAAAUAGAUAGAUGUACUUACAGUAAGACUGCUCUGUACAGUAACUUUAGUGUGCAUACACUGUUGGACUAUGCUACUGGAAUAAAGAAAUGCUUCAAAUUGCCUUCCAUACAGAUAGACAUAUCAGUAGAUGAAUGCCAGGGGUGAAUCAUGCAAGAGGAUUUUGCCCUCGCUGUUUGACUAGGGCCAAUAUAGCCUGUGAUGUGGUUGAGAUUCUCUGGCCUGACCCAGAACAAAGACGGGAUGUUGAGGUGAAAUACUUAAAAUAAAAAAAAUCUUUUACAGUUUUGCUAUGUAGCACAUGAAUGAAUAAAGAUGUGCUAAUGCAUACAUUGAUUGUGUCUUUUUGGUCAUGUGAAAAGGUUUUUGAGGGGGAGAACCACAAGCAACUUACCAGUUUUGGAUAUAUUGUUUUUAAUUUAUUGCACCAGUGUGUAAUACUAUGUACUAGUGUGUGUGUUUUUGAAAGCUUGUAUGUGAUGUCUGAGGGAAAAGUUUGGUUGUUCAGAAUGGUUUUGUAGUGUAGAGCUUCAUUUUGACCUGAAAAUAUGAUGUUUGGAGAAUUGUGUGAGACAUUAUGAUAUUGUGUUUAAUGUUUUGAGAAUAUGAGACAUAGUUUCAAGAAAUGUGCUUAAAGGAUAAUUCCGCUAUUUAACACAUUCAGGCUAAUUUCUGGUUUGUUUUGGAUGAACUACAGUGAUG